AACCGGGAGAACUAACAGCUUUUAAAUCUCAACUUUACAGUUUUUCCAGAUUCUAUUCUUAUUGUUAUUAUCUAAUUGUCUGGCUCUUCCCCUCUAAAUCUGUUAAUAACUUUAGCUAUUAUUUAAACAAGUGUCAUUACUGUUAAUAUGUUGUAUUACUAAUGUAAUUUAAUUUUUCUCAAUCAAGUUUAUGCGUGGAUAACUGCUAAUAAAGUCUAUAUAAGUUAGGCUUAAGCAUUAGUCUAUUUUACAAUGUUUAUAAAUCAACUUCCAGACGAAUGUUUGCUCAUCAUUUUUGGUUUAAUAAAUGAAUUGGAUGAUUUAGUAAACUGCUAUUCAGUAUGCAGCAAAUGGAGCCAUUUAAUUGCGGAGCGAACUAGAAAAGUUAAAUAUUUGUUUGAAGAUCGGUGGAAUGGUGAAAGCGCUCCAAAUUAUACGUUGGAUUAUGUUUAUUAUCAAACAGAGGAACCGCUUGAUGCAACUUGUUUGAGCACAUUAUUUCCAAAUUUAAUUGUUGUCGACUUUUCUGGAUUCCUUGCAAAAAUGAAACAUGAAACUAUCGUUACAUUGAUCAAAAAGAUGAAAUCUUUGAAAGGAUUGAUUGCUCAUUGCUGCUAUUAUGAAGGAGAUGAAUCGAUUAUCCAAAAUUGUGAUGGACUCGAAAUGGUAUCAAACGAUGACAUUGAGCCAUGCAUAAAAGAGAAAGGUGUCACCUUUAAACAAUUGCACCUUGUCAGUUAUAAUCUGGAUAGAUUCAGGGAAGAUGCACAUUGUUUUCCAAAUCUUGAAAGAUUAUACAUUCAUAAUAAUGAAGGCUCGCCAGAUUACUAUUACGAUGGUCCCAUAUUAGGAAGACUUAGAAUAGUUGAAUUGUCCUUAUCUUCUUAUGAUGGUACAGACAUUUAUUAUGGUUUCCAGUUCAUGGAUUCAUGUCCGAAUUUACAAAGCGCUCAUAUUAAAUUGGACUCUAAUCGCCUUUUUGUGGAUGAAUCAUUGAAACACAAGUCUCUGCAAGAUUUAGUUUUAUCAUUUUACGAUCAAGAUUAUACUGAUAUUUUCUUCUGGGACGAAUUGAAAAGAUUGUUUAUGAAAUAUCCAAACCUUAAACAUCUUGCACUGUGCGACAACAGGAGACUGGAGGAUGAGCAUAUCGAGCAAUUGGUUCGCAUUCUACCCAAUUUAGUGUUAUUUGCUGUUCGUGGAUGUCCAAGAGUCACUCAGGCGGCUGCUAAUUAUGUUCAAGACUAUAAUAAACUAUAUGGACGAUCAAUCAAGUUUUACUUUAAAGAGAAUUACCAUGAAAUUCAAUCAGAUUGGCCUCAGUUAUCAAAUAAAUGUGGAAAAAUUAGUCAAGGUUUUGAUUUCAUGAAACAUUGCUUUCUUAAAGAUUUUUUUAAACUUUCUACUUUCUUGAUCUCUAGCGAAGACUGAAUAACAGAAAAGCACAGACUCUGGCUUCGAAAAGAUCAUUUGUUAAACAGUCAAUUCUGAUUACUUGGAUCUUUUACUAGCUUAUUUUAUAUAAUUGUAGUUUUUUCCAUUUCUGUGCUCAAAUACCCAAACAAUUUCAUUACAAUAUGUAUAUUAAUAACAAAAACUAUCUCAUUCUUGUAUACUCAAGGCACUCAUCACCAUUAAACAUUUUAAAGUGAA